AUGAGCUCGGAAGUUUCAAGAUCAGAGGCCACAGAGACGCCUAAAGACUCCAAAACGGAAAAAGCAGCGAAAAAUUUGAAGCCGACUAAAGGUAAAGCGGAACUUGCGCCCGGAGGAGUAAGUAAAACAAGACCGCCGAGCAGCGUUUCGGUUUCUCAGUCCAUGGCAACUUCGUUUUCUAGGCAAGAUGUUCGUCGCGGACCUGAGGUCGUGAAGGAAAACACGUACAAAACCGCACCUGAUCGAAAAUUUCCAGAGGGCGAUGUUCGUGGGAUACUCAAGGAAAUUUUAACGGAGAGGCUAGCCGAGGCGAAGUAUGAUGCCGAAAAAUGCCGACAGUUGUCGAAGACGAUUUCGGACGAGGUCAAAGAUCGCGUUAAACAUCUUAACAUACAGCGCUAUAAAAUUAUUUGCCUCGUGCAUAUUGGACAGUUGGGCAAUCAAGCGAUGCGAAUUGGAAGCAGAUGCCUGUGGGACACGAACGUUGAUACUUUUGCUUCGUUUCAGUUCAAGAAUGGAUCGUUGUUUGCUGCUGCUGUAGUGUAUGGUGUUUACUUUGAAUAG